AUGAUGCCUGUUAAUACAAUAAAAAAAAAACUCUUUUCCUGUCUUUCUUCUUCUCCCUUUCUUUUCCUGUCUUUCUUCUUCUCCCUUUCUUUUCCUGUCUUUCCUCUUCUUCCUUUCUUUUCCUGUCUUUCCUCUUCUUCCUUUCUUUUCCUGUCUUUCCUCUUCUUCCUUUCUUUUCCUGUCUUUCCUCUUCUUCCUUUCUUUUCCUGUCUUUCCUCUUCUUCCUUUCUUUUUCCUGUCUUCCUUUCUUUUCCUCUUUUCUUCUUACUUUCUUUUCCUGUCUUUCCUCUUCUUCCUUUCUUUUCCUGUCUUUCCUCUUCUUCCUUUCUUUUCCUGUCUUUCCUCUUCUUCCUUUCUUUUCCUGUCUUUCCUCUUCUUCCUUUCUUUUCCUGUCUUUCCUCUUCUUCCUUUCUUUUCCUGUCUGUUCACUCACUUGAGUCGACAAGUGACUCUCCCUUCCCACAAUGUUCUGCAUCACUUUCUCUUUUGCACUCACCAUUCAUUCUUGCAACCCUUGCAACCUUCUUUCUCUCUUUUUCUUCAUGUGCCAAUGCUUACAUCUGCCAUUUUCUUCAGUACCAUGAUGAAGCUUCUGAUUGGUUGAAUGGGAGAGAUUUACAUAUGCGUAGGUGCAAUCUGCCAAUUCUCCCUUCCUCCAACUGCUCUAUGACACCAUAUGCAUGCAAUGCAUGGGCAUUUUCAGGCAUGAUGUUGCAUAUCUUUCUCACAGCAAUCACAUUUAUAGCAACCCUCCCGAGGUGA